UCUUUCGCUGCGGGAUGGCACGACUCACCCUUCAUACAGUGUCACUUUCCCGUGUCCUCUUUGACACUAAUCACCCCUCAUACCGCAGGCACUGCACAACAUAAUUGCGCAACAGAGGGCAGGUCUGUUCUCCGCCUCCUCGCACGCUUCUCCUCCCAGACUACACCAGCCAUUCAUCCAGCGCUUUCUGAAGCCGCAGCACUCUCACCGUAGCCCCACGGAGAGCAGCGAUGUUUUCCUGCAGAGCGGCCUGGCAAAGGUGUGGGCCUCUGGCACGGAGGGCAGCCUACAGGUUGCCCCAGGACGUUGUCCAGCGGCGGCUGAUGUCAUCGACUCCUGGUGGAUCUGGAGAGAACAUCGUGUACGCCCUGCUGUGUGGUGGAGCCCUGGUCGGCUCUGUGACAUAUGCAUACAACACUGUGGUGUCCGACCAUACCAGGUAUAAUGAGCGCAUUGCAGAGAUCAAGGCCAGACCAACGACAGAGUGGGUACCUAAACCCUGGCCACCUAAGAGCAAGGAUGAAGAAGAGGGAGGAGAGGAGGAGGAGGCAGCAGCAGCUGAGGAAGCCGGUGGAGAGGCUGAGGAAGAAGAGGCCGCCGGCGGUGAGGCAGAGACUGUAGUAGAGGCGGUGGCCGAGGUGGUCGCCGAGGCUGCUGAAGUCGUCGAAGAGGCUGCUGAAGUCGUCGCCGAGGCUGCGCAGGAAGUGGAGACGGUGGCGGAAGAAGUAGCCCAAGUGGCUGAAGCUGUGGAGGAAGCUGCCACGGCGGUGGCAGAGCCAGCCACUGUUGCUGCUGAGGAGCCUGAAAGCAAUGGUACGACUUCUUCAUCUGAGGAGGAGGCAGCUGCCUCUGAGGCUUGAGUUACCACACAUUCACUGCAGGGACACGCACACACUACUAGACACACUGGAACAUCUCUAAACCACUUUAAAGAGCCCCUGACAGCAGGUCUUUCCUCCCUCACAACAGUGGGGACAAUAAAACCACUAAACUACAGUCACUGUCUUUAGAACCACUAGAGGCUAGCUGCUUCUCCUCAGGUGCCUGGGUUCACCUCUUUUAUUCAAUAUUCUCUUCUAUCUUCCUAAAAAUGUAUAUUUGCUCGUGUAUUUAUUGGGUAUAAAAGGGCAGCAGCACUAUGUGUUUGUUUCUUCACGUAAAAAUGACUUGAGAUUUUCCUAAUGUGCAGCGCAGACCACAAUAUGACGUCUACAUUUGCUCUGAUUCUCACACGGCCGAGAGAAGUGAACAGCUGGCAGAUCCUCUGAUUUGCAGCUGCACGCCACAGUGAGACAUUUCCACAGUGGCAGUGAGCUCUUUAUGUGACGCUUAUUUGCAGUUAUGCGUGAAAUAAAUGUGAUCACUCUGAAUACAACCAUGCAGAUUGACUCUAAUUACACCCGUUAACAUGGCUGGUCAUUCCCCUCUGAGGUCACCCCAACCCUUACGUCAGGCUCCACCAACCACCCCCAACUAAAUAACAAGCAAGGACAAAUGCUGUCAUAUUAUUGGUACCCCUAGUGCUAUUUUGAGAUUUGACAAAACAUUGUAUUCCUUUGCUAUAAACCUCUGUAAUGUUGUAAUGCUUUGGCAGGUAUCACAGAGCAGGUAGACCCUGUUGAUCCUUAAACUGUCAUACAGUUGUGUAUAUCUUACAGCAAGACCAAAUGUACAAACUCUGUAACUGUUGCAGUGUGUUCUUUUCCUCAAGUGUAAAGUGAAAUUGUCAGAGAAACCAGAAGGUCAGAGAAUUGUAAAAAAAAAAAACACCAAAAUAACAUCAAUCUUCAGCUUACCGUCACCACCGUGAUCAUAUUUUUAUUUUGCUUAUAACUGGGUAAUGAGCACUGUUAACAGUUUACAGUAAUUCAUCGAGCCAUACAAUAAAGCUUUUGUCAAACCAGAAAGGUUUACUGCCGUCUUUAA